UAGCAGUCCCCCGGACUGUAGGUGAAUGAAGGAGCAUGUUUAUGGCUGCAGCAGUAUGUUGUUGUGGUUGUUUGUUUGUGUUGCGGUGUGAACACUAACACGACGGGUUUGUUAUUUAUUUAUUUAUUUAUUUCCGAAUCGGGAUCAGAGGAAGGGAAUUAAACCGAUUAUUUUCGCACCGUUUCCUGGAACGAGUCGAAGUGAUCCCCCCCCAAUCAUCAUAAUCUUUUUCUCAUCGUCAUAAUUGACCGAUAUUUCUGAAUGAUUGAUUUUGUUUGUGCAGGAGCGCGCGGGGCAGUACUGGAUGUUACUAAGUAACGGAUUAUUAAUGCGCGUGAACGUUAGACGCGUUACAUUUGCGUCAUUUGGCUGAGCAGAGUGUUUGGGUUACAGUUGAGCUGUGACCUCCAUCAACACUCUCUGCGGCUUUAUUCAGUUUUAGACUAAGUGUUGAGACAUUGCAUGGCGUGUUUGGUGUUGGGACACACAGCUGACACGGACACACGGCCAUUUGCCGGAUGUUUUGGCUUUUUUCCUGCGGCUUUAAGAGCUAAACCGGCUGGGUCACGUUAGCCAUGUUUCUGCCUGUGACUCACCCAGAAUACUAGCGAUAACAUUACUUCAUUUCUUUUUCUAGACGGGUCUCUUUUUUUUCUUUCUUUCCUCACCAUGGUCUUACGAUAAAUCUAUUUAUAUAAAUAUUUUAGCCUUGUGAAAAAGGUUUGUUUAUUAGUUUGUUUUUAAUGAGAUUCUCCGCUCCUCUAAGUUCCACUGCAGUAGCACUUGGUUACUGAAAGCUGAAGCUCCACGGACUCUUUUAUUUCAUGGUUCCUGAGUGACAGCUGGAGAUUUUGGAUCACUGUGGAAGACAGAAGAACGACAAUGAAGAAGUUUUUCGACAGCCGAAGGGAAGCGGUGAGUUCCGGGCCCGGUUCGGGAGGCGCCGGGGCCGGAGGUGGCGCAGGAACCGGAGGAGGAGGCGCCUUCAUCGGCCGCGUUUUCAGCAUUGGCCGCUACCAGGUUACCGUGGAGGAAACCGUGGCUGAAGGUGGUUUUGCCAUCGUGUUUCUCGUGCGCACGCAUCAGGGUGUUCGCUGCGCUCUGAAGAGGAUGUACGUGAACAACGAGCAUGACCUUCAAGUCUGCAAGCGCGAGAUUCAGAUCAUGAGGGAUCUGGCGGGAAACAAAAACAUAGUCGGCUACCUGGACUCCAGUAUCACCGCCGUGGGGUCAGGAGACGUCUGGGAAGUUCUGAUAUUAAUGGACUUCUGUAGAGGUGGUCAGGUGGUGAAUCUGAUGAACCAGCGGCUGCAGACCGGCUUUAGCGAGUCAGAAGUCCUGCAGAUCUUCUGCGACACGUGUGAGGCCGUCGCUCGACUACACCAGCGCAAAAGUCCCAUCGUCCACCGGGAUCUCAAAGUGGAGAAUAUUCUGCUGCACGACCGUGGUCAUUACGUCCUGUGCGACUUCGGCAGCGCCACCAACAGGUUCCAGGACCCUCAGGCCGAGGGAUCGGCCGCCGUAGAGGAGGAAAUUAAAAAGUACACCACGCUGUCCUACAGAGCUCCAGAGAUGGUCAAUCUGUACAGUGGGAAAGUCAUUAGCACUAAAGCUGAUAUCUGGGCCCUAGGCUGCUUGCUGUAUAAGCUGUGUUUUUUCACGUUGCCGUUCGGAGAGAGUCAGGUGGCCAUCUGUGACGGCAGCUUCACCAUCCCAGACAACUCACGCUACUCGCAUGACGCGCACUGCCUCAUACGUUACAUGCUGGAGCCAGACCCUGACAUAAGGCCCGAUAUCUACCAGGUGUCUCAUUUCGCCUUCAGGCUUGCACGCAAAGACUGUCCAGUACAGAACAUCCAUAAUUCUCCGAUUCCUACGAAGCUUCCUGAGCCAAUCAGAGCAAGUGAAGCAGUUGCCAAGAAGAGUCAGACUAAAGCCAGACUCACCGAUCCAAUCCCGACUCUGGAAACCUCCAUAGCGCCACGGCAACGUCCCAAAGCGGGCCAGGCUCAGCCGGUCGCAGGCAUGCUGCCCAUACAGCCGGCCCUCACUCCCCGGAAGAGAGCCAACGCCCCAGCGGGACCUGCGCAACCUAUCAGUGUGAACAUCGCCUCUCAGCCACAGAAGCCUCAACAGCCUGUUCCUGUUGCUCAGCAACAAGCCACGCCUGCAUCCAUGCAGGCCACACCCACUCCUCCUCAAGCCACGCCCCAGCAGGGGCAGCUUUUUGUGCAGCCACAAGCAGCAGGUUUCUACCCUCCUCAGCAGCAGCCGUCACCCCAAGUGCAGAAUCUCUACCCACCCCAUCGUCAGAGCACCAACUCACCUGCACCACCUGCCACAUCUGCCCAGGCAAGAACUAAAGCCAAGGCCCCUCCUCCUCCUUCACUCCUCCUGAAUCCGCAACACACUCCUCCACCAGCCCCAGUGCAGGCCAGAACCAAAGCCGUGGCCCCUGCCCCUCCUGCGCAGUAUUCUCAGACCUCGCAUGGACACACAAAAAUGAAAGCUUUGGCUCCUCCUCCACCAAUCCAGCAGCAGCCACCAAUAGCUAAUCUUCUUGCUUCUAGCCCUCUGUCUUUUAAAGCUCCUCCUUCAGUUCCAGUCCUACUGGGGGCGCCAGCUCCUGACACGAAUUCUGAGCUGAUGCCGUUUGCAGGUGGGCGCUCGGCCCAUAGAGUGGGCUCUCUGACUCCGCCCUCGUCUCCUAAGGUGGCCCCUCGAGGAGGUCACAGGCGCAUUCUGAGUGACGUCACACACAGCACCAUCUUUGGAGUUCCUGUUAGCAAGUCCACUCAACUACUGCAGGCAGCUGCUGCUGAAGCCGGUCUGAACAAGUCCAAAUCAGCCAGCACCACCCCCUCCGGCUCCCCACGCUCCUCUCAGCAGAGUGUAUACCCAGCAGGCGAGGUCAGUACCCAGUCUGCUGCCCCUAAGGCAGAAGCUGGUGCACAGCCUUCUUGGAACCCGUUUGGUGAUGACAACUUCUCCAAAUUGACAGCCGAAGAGCUGCUUAACAAGGACUUUGCCAAACUGGAUGUGAAACCACCAGAGAAGUCCUCGACAGAGAACCUGAUUUCAGGUUUACAACCUGCAGUUCCAAACAAAGGCUUUCCCCCGUGCACAGAGAAGUUGAUAGAGGGUUUGAAGUCUCCAGAACCUUCCUCCUCCUCCUCUUCCUCCCUGCUUCUCCCUGACCUCCCUCUGAACGACCCCUUUAGUCCUGCAGACUCCAGUCAUGCCGUGAUGGAUACCCUUAUUCCAGGUCUGGAGUCUCUACACGCCGAUCCUGUGUUGCCAGACGCCCUGGGAGGAGGGGAAUCUCUACUCGGCGGUCCCCUGCUCUCUCUUUCCUCAUCGGGAGCUCAGGUGCUGCCUUCCCCAAUGUCCUCCACUCCCGCUCAAUCUGUGGAGCAGUUCAUUCCGGCCCCACUGUCCAGCGCACAGCUUCAGCCGGCUCCGGAUCAAAACCCCGACAGCCAGUUUGACCCCAUUCCAGUGCUGAUCUCCAAAACCCCCAGCCAAGAAGAUAAGGGGAAGACUAACGGCUAUGACGCGCUUGUAGAAGGCGACAAAGCAGAAAACCAAACCGAAGACUGGAUGCACUCCAGCGAUGAAGACGAGAGGACGGGCGAGGCCAGGCCGAGCGAAGCGUCAAGCCUCGACUGCAGCGGCUCCAGACCUUUGUUGCAGGACUUCGACGAGGACGAAGAACAAGAGCUGGACACUUCAGGAAACCUCCAGACAUCCUCAAACCUUGACCCCAGUGAUGUCCCACAGUCCUCUCUGGUUACCCGCCAGCCAUCUCAGAACCACUUAGUCCAACCUUCCGAGCCUAACGCCGACGUCUUCUCGAAAGCACCUUUUCAGGUGGUGCAGGAAGCCGACAGCGACGUGGAUGUGUUUGCGAACGCUCCGUUUCCUCGUCCGUUGGCUUCGUCUCAACAAGCAGAUGUCUUCCUCCAGGCGCCGUUUGGAAAGAGAAAAGAAACAUGGGGGACGGUUUACACCCAUCCAGUCCCACAGGCUGGGAUGCAGCGCUCCAACGUGGUGCCUUUUAAUCACGGCAGCCAUGAGCAGAGCGUCCUCGAUCAAGUGGCCCCUUUGCCCUUUCGACCUCAGGCUUUAGCGAAAUACUCCCGACAUUACGAGGGACCCGAGGUGAACUCCGACGAUCCGUUUCUCUCUGCGCCUUUUCACCGUAAAGGACCUCAGGAGAAGCACUAACGUGGACUACGUACUAAUCUCGUCACCUCCGCAUCCUUUAAUUUGAGGUGAUUCUUCGAUGGAAAGAUGCCGAGGAAGUAUCUUUGUGGUGUCUACUUGCGAAAAGAUAGAAUCCUUCUGUGAAAACCGUAUGCAAGAACGAAGCACAUACUUGCCGAGGUGCGGUCCUUACCUGGUUUAAGCUACAAUGCAAACCCAAAUGUCUAUGUUCUACGCCUACCUCAGUUUAUUCCUAUGCUGAGCGAGAAUCCGAUUUUGAGAUGAAUGUACACUUGAGCCUGGAAGGACGCAUCCUCGCUGAAAUGUAAACGUAUUCCCUACUUGGUGCGCUCCCUUAAUCUCACCUGCUUACACUGGUGAUGGAAAAAUCCCCACCAAUGGAGAAGUUCUCGCUGGAGUGUUACUGAGCUACACUUUCACACCAUGUUCAGAUGGUUGACACAAUAGCACUAAUCUCAUCAUCAAGGGUCCUAGUGUUUAGUUUUUGCUUCUUGACAUUACAUUUAUCCAUAUGGGUUGGCAUUUUUGUAGAUUUUCAGUAUCCUGAGCCUCAACAUUAACUUUGCUUAAGCACGAUCAUGAACACCUGACAUUUAUUCAUCUUCAGUAAACGCUUUAUCCUGGUCGGGGAUGUCGUGGAUCCGGAGCCCGUACCUGUUAACGCUGGGUACGAGGCAAGAAUACAUUCUGUAUGGGAUGCCAGUCUAUCGUCCAUCACACUCAUUCAUACCUAGGAGCAAUUUGGAGUCUCCAGUCGCUGUUUUUGAGAGGAGGAACCCGGAGAGCCCCAAGGAAACCCGCCAACACCAGAUUGCGAUGCAAUUUCAGCGUGGUUUUGCCUUUUCAGUGACGUUUCCUUUGGGGCUCCUUCAUAUGCUGGAUUUUGUUGCACAGAAACUGACAUGUAGAUUGUGAUUAAAACUGACACUGGGUCAUCUUGUCUUAAUUACAGUAGUUAAGCUAUUGAUGAUUUGUAAAACGACGAUCACUGAUGAAUUAUCACACUCCAAUUGAUGGUCCACGUUGCUGUGUUUGCAUUUGGACAGUAAGCUGGACAGUAAUGUGAGUAUCACUUGAACACAUAUACGAAUAUACAUCCAGUGCUGUAUUUCUCCAGGGUCCUUGAAUUGGAGAUGAACCUUUUGGUUGUUCCAAAUAUCAGUCUUUCUUUCUGUCUGUCUAUUUUAUUUUCUUUGUUUCUCUGGAUUUUUUUUUUGUGUGUGUGUGUGUAUACCUUUAAAUGCAAUGACAUGACCUUUGGUAAAAUCCUGACACUCCCUAUUGGGACAGUAACAUUGUGUAGGAGGCUGUGUGUAUGUGUGUAAAGAAAGCCGUGUAUGUUUAUAAUAAUCUUGAGGUAUUUGGUGACAUGAAAUGUAUCCAUGUUUGAAACUUUUGGAGAGCUUGUGUGUGUGUGUGUGUGUGUGUGUGUGUGUGUGUGUAUUUGGGGUUUGUGCAUGUUCAGCACCUCGACAGUCUGAAAUGCAGUGUUUGGUGUUUCAGUCAUCAUGAAGGCACUCGUUUUAAAUACUUGGGUUUUCCAAAGCACCUUUCGAUUUGGACGUCAUUCAUCAAAGUGUGUUCUGUACAAAGAAAAAAAAAAAACGAGGAGUUGUGUAUUAAUAUAUAUAUUUUUUUUUCCACAGUAAUGCAAAGGGUGUGAUGCAUCUUGUGUUUUAUGUAAGGAAUGAAAAAUGACUGGGCAUGCUGUUAUAGGGGAAAAAAAAAAAAGUAAAAAUAAAAUAAACAAUCAUAAGUUCA